AUCAUCAUGAGAACUCUGAUGCUGCUCUUUUUUGGGGUGACCAGCUCCUGGGCCAUGGACUACGAACUGAUGCUAGAGGAUCCGGAUAUUUUUGCGCCUUGUACCGAUGGUCCACCCGGGUCUAUCAACGCCCGUCAGGCAGUAAACUUGGACAAUUUUGUGAUCGAACAUGAAUCUGAUAUACUCCACCUCUCCGGCAACGCCACCCUUAUCUGGGAUGUGCGGCCCACCGAUCGUAUUGCAGCUAGAGUGGAUUUGUUGCACUUCAACCGCGGCACCUGGGAGCCCACUAUCUUCAGCAUAUCCAACCAGGACUUUUGCCCCAUCAUGUACGACAAGAAUCAGUACUGGUACAAGUACUGGACACAAUACGUAUCCAAUCAGCACGAAGUGGCUAAGAAGUGCCUCAGAGAGCCGGGUACCGUUUUGGAACACGAGCCCUUCGAUUUAAGGCUUAAGAUUGAAAAUGUUCAUGGUCCUACUCUUCGAGGACGUCAUAAGAUGGUCAUAAAGUUACAGGCAUUUGAUGAGAAGAACAUUCCACGGCCAAAUUCUAUUUGCGUAGAGAUCAGAGGAGAACUUUUAAAGUUGAAAUAGUGGAUGUAAUCGAUGGACUAUAUACUAUUGGGUGGGCAAGAAAGUCAUGUCGUUUUUUUUAGUAAUCGUUUUUAAUCUAAUUUAUUUACGACUAAUCGAGCACCAGGGUCACACUUUUUAGUAUCGUUUUAAAGCUUAUUGUCUUAGGUACUAUCGACGAAAAUUUGGUAAUUAUUCGAUAACAUUUGUGGAAGCUAUAGCAAAUUAAACAUGGAGGACCAAAGUGAGCAUUUUCGGCAUAUUUUGCUUUUUUACUUCCGAAAAGGAAAAAAAGCGGUCGAAGCUCGCGAAAAAUUGUGCGAAGUGAAUGGUAAAGAUGCCAUGAGUGAUCGCCAAUGUCAGCGCUGGUUUGCCAAAUUCAGGCUUGGAGAUUUUGGAGUUAAAGACGCCCCACGUUCUGGUCGACCAUCGGCCGUUUUUGACGAACAAAUUCAGGCUUUGCUGGAUGAAAGCCGGCGCUAUUCAACGCGGGAGAUGUCAGAGAAGCUCAGUGUGUCGCAUACAACGGUUGAAAACCAUUUGAAGAAACUUGGCUACGUAAGCAAGCUCGAUGUUUGGGUUCCGCAUAACUUAAAGGAAAUUCACCUAACUAAGCGUAUCAACAUCUGCUAUUCUCUGCUGCAACGGAUUAAAAACGAUCCUUUUUUGAAGCGGAUCAUUACUGGCGACGAAAAGUGGGUUGUUUACAAUAAUGUCCAACGAAAAAGAUCAUGGAGCAAGAAAGAUGAGCCAGCCCAAGCCACAUCAAAGGCCGAUAUCCAUCAGAGGAAAGUUAUGCUGUCUGUUUGGUGGAAUUGGAAGGGUGUAGUGCACUUUGAGCUGCUGGGACGGAAUGAAACCAUCAAUUCAGAUGUGUACUGUCGCCAGCUAUCCAAUUUGGCGGAAAAAAUUAAAGAAAAGGAGCCGGCACUAGCUAAUCGCAAGGGUAUAGUCUUUCACCAUGACAACGCUAGGCCCCACACAUCUUUGGUCACUCGGCAAAAAUUAACGGAGCUGAAUUGGGAAGUGCUACCACAUCCACCUUAUAGUCCGGACUUAGCACCUUCAGAUUACCAUUUGUUUCGCUCUCUUCAAAACUCUUUGAAUGGUAAAAACUUUGAUUCAGAUGAGGCUGUCGAAAACCACUUGUCUCGAUUCUUUGCUGGAAAAGACCAAAAGUUCUUCGAGCGCGGAAUUAUGCAGCUGCCCGAGAGAUGGUCAUUAGUGGUCGAACAAAACGGCCAAUACAUAAUUGAUUAAUUAUAAGUCCUGAUAUAAAUAAAUCAUCUUUGAAAAUAUUGAAAAAAAA